AUGAGGUUGUAUUUGGCUUGGUGGUUGGCAAAGCUAGGGGAGUCGACCUUUGAGCAAUUCAUGUACCUGUACUCCGUCUCCAAACAAAAGGGCAAUUUUGGUUGGGUUCAGACUAAUUGCCGAAAGGCAAAGGAGAGAGGUUACUUCAUAAGGCGCAUGCCUUCAUCACAGAAGUACAGUGAAGUGCAAUCCUUUGUCGAAGGAGAAGGAAGACAAGGUAGAGUUGGUGAGGUCGUUGCUUUUGACAGAGAGGCGAGAGUACAAGAAUUUGUUUGGGUUAUUGGCUGUAGCGAGGACUAUGAAGGGAACGACAACAGUGGCAGAGUCACCGAAUGUGGCAAAAAUAAUGAUGAGAAGAAGCAAUGCCUCAAGGAAAGGAGAGAGAAGGACAAGGCCGCCAAGGUCAGAAAGGUAGAAGAAAAGCAGGCCAAGGGCAUCGCUGGUGCCACAGAAGGUAUUGCCAAAGGGUCUGAAAGUGCUAUCGGGAAGCGCAUGCGAGAUGAUGAUGAUAGGCUAGUUUCAACGGCCUUAGAUAAAAAGAAAAAAGGCUUAGAGGCUGCCAUAAGGAUGUCAUGGAUAACGAGCUAG